AUGUCGAUACAUUUACUAUACUUGCUACGGAAGUGCUUCGCGCUCCCUCUUCUGCCACCAGCCGACAUUCGUCCCGCGUUCGGAAAAAUCAAGGAAAAAGGCCAAAGUGAACAACUAGCCCCCUUCUUCGCAUAUGUCGAAAACACGUGGCUGACGAACAACAUAUGGGCAGUUGAAAACUGGUCGGUCUACGGAAGAUCCGUGAGGACGAACAACGAUGUCGAAGGCUGGCACAACCGCCUUAACCGGAGGGCGAAGAAAGGAAAUCUCGCGUCCUACCUGCUAAUCACCCUGCUGUUUGACGAAGCGAAUGAAGUACCUAUGCAGUGCAAACUCAUCAAGGAAAAGAAAUUGCAGCGGCAUCAGAGUCGGCAAACACGUGCCACACAAGGGCGUUUGUGCGCGGCUUGGGACCGGUACGGGAAAAAAGAAAUUAGUACGAGUGAGCUUCUGAAUGAGUGCUGUAGACUGUAUGGACCUGUGUAAAUGUGUACGUGUGUUUGUUUGUUUGCAAGUGUGAACGAUUGAGUGAAAAUGUAUAUAUCUGUUUGUUUGAUUGUAUAUAAAAUAUAUUUGUUUGAUUGUAUGUAUGUAAUACAACUUUGUUCUUGUACAUUCGUUUGCUCACAUUUCACAAAAUUGCUAUAAAUGUUGUUUUUUGUUGUACAUAUAUAUAUGUAUUUGUUUAGAAGUGUUCUAUAUAUAUGUGCCUGAAAUUGUUUUUUUAUUUGUUGUACAUAUAUUAGUAUUUGUUGUGUAUUUUGGAUGUCGAUAUUAUAUUACCAAACAAAAAAGGAAUU